AGGAAGUUACUGAAGUUAAUGUUUACCUGUGGCAGCCAGAUGGACAACAGCACUAUAACAGAUAUCAAGUCUAUUUUAUAGAAUGGUAUCACAGAUACAGGUGGUAAAAAGAACAAGUGGUUUUGGAAAAGCCAAGUUUAAUGAGCCUGCAGAACAAACAGUAGGAAUUUUUAAAAUGUAGAUCUAAACAUCCGCACUAAUGACACAGACAUAAAGUCAAAGAAUACAGCAAGAGGAAGACAAAAACUGCAAAUCACAAUACUUAAGACUGGGAGAGAAAUAGCAAAGAGAAGAUGGAAUAAUCAAGAAGCGGAGAUAGUAGCUUGUUAGUCAAGAAUAAAGACAUAACAUAACAAAACAAAACACAGGAUGCAGAAAAAUGAAAUAGGCUGAUGACUGAAAUGAGGUUUGGGGAUCUGGUAAAAGGAGGUUAUUUACUGAUGGCCUGGGGUGAAAAUCAGAUUUUAAUAUGUAAGCAUAAGGGAAAAUAAAAACAAGACCAAGCUGAGAGCUGAAAAAAAGACAUGGCAGUAGCUUGAGUGAGAGUUAAGAAAGGAAAUGGCUUUCCGUGCCGACAGCGCUCACGCAAGCAUGGUUAACGUCCCUAAAACCCGCCGGACUUUCUGUAAGAAGUGUGGCAAGCACCAACCCCAUAAAGUGACACGGUACAAGAAGGGCAAGGAUUCUCUGUAUGCCCAGGGAAAGCAGCGUUAUGACAGGAAGCAGAGUGGCUAUGGUGGGCAAACUAAGCCAAUUUUCCGGAAAAAGGCUAAAACUACAAAGAAGAUUGUGCUAAGGCCUGGGUGCGUUGAGCCCAACUGCACAUCUAAGAGAAUGCUGGCUGUUAAAAGAUGCAAGCAUUUUGAACUGGGAGGAGAUAAGAAGAGAAAGGGCCAAGUGAUCCAGUUCUAAGUGUCAUCUUUUAUUAUGAAGACAAUAAAAUCUUGAGUUUAUGUUCAAAAAAAAAAAAAAAAA